AUGGUAAAAAACUUACCAACUAGGAUAGGUGGGAGUAAGAUCGUAAUUACCAGUCGGAAUUCUGCUGUGACGUCUCUUCUACCUGGCCGCUAUGCGGUGCAUAGGCUUGAUUUAAGUGGCGGGUUGUCAUUCAAAGAGGCGGAGAACCUGUUCUGCAAGAAGGUUUUUCCUGAAUCCAAUGGAAAUUGGCCACUACAUAUUUCACUCGACACUCAUAAUUGGACCCAAAAAGUCCUCUCCAAGUGCGAAGGCAUGCCUCUUCCCAUUUCUGCAGUAGGUAAUUUUCUUCAUGGUCGGAGCGAUCUUUCUCCACUCCAUUGGCAUAAGCUGGAUAUUAACAUCGCCUCCGAAUUGUGUACAAAGGGUUCAGAUCUUUCCAUCAUUCGCAGUAAUUUGGAGCCGAGUUAUAGAGGUCUUCCGAGCCAUCUCAGAAAUUGUUUCUUGUACUUCAGCAUGUUUCCCGAAGGCUACGAAAUCAGCCGUGAGAGGCUCAAACGACUGUGGAUUGCAGAGAAUUUCAUCAUCGCAGGAAAACCACAGGUCACAGAGGAAUGGCAUGCAGAAAAUUAUCUCAAUGAACUGGUGGAAAGAAAUUUGGUUCGGGUGUGCAAUGCCAAUGGGGAUCAUAGAGUAAGAAGUUGUCGCGUUUUGGAAUAUGUUCGUUUGAUCAAUAGUUUAAGGCGGAAGGAAUUCCUCACCAUUUCCGAGCCAGACUACACACCUGCAGAUAACAGAAGUAUUCAACGGCUGUCUGCUUAUGAGGGUGGUAUUGAUUCUCUAAAGGAUUUCAAUGAUGGCGUUCGCAGCUUUCUAGGGUCCAGAGAGGCAAGUAUUCCUGAGAUUGAAAUGGUCCUAAAAUCAAAGAUUAAGAGUCUCUCAAAGUUGCGACAUCUUCUGGUCAAUACCUCUAAUGGCGAAGGAGUAAAGAUUUUGGAAGAUGUUGGUGGUUCACCUGGUACUCUCCACAAGCUGUCACUAAUUAAGGUGUCAAACACAGAUUUCAUUAAAUCCUUGGGAAAACUGAGACGUCUCAGGAAGUUGGGGCUGGAAGACCUUCAAACAACAGAUGGUAAAGAAUUGUGCAGUGUCCUUGAGCAAAUGAAGGGUCUCUUAACCUUGAAUGUAAGAGCGAAAGACAAGGAGUGUCUCGAUUUAGAUCAUUGUGCCAGCCCUCCUCGAUUUCUCCGGCAUCUAUGUUUGAGAGGCCCCCUAGCAGGGAUACCAAGCUGGAUCUCCAAGCUUAGUAGUCUGGAAAAGGUUGGCUUUUAUUGGUCAAACCUAAGUUCUAACCCGCUUCAAAUUCUUCAUGAUUUGCCCUAUCUUUUGGAGCUCAAAAUGGUGCAGUAUUACCAAGGGGAAAAGUUGGUAUUUGAAGCUGGAAAAUUCAAGAAGCUGACCACACUGAUCUUAAAAGAAUUUGAUCAGCUUAAAUCAAUGGAGGCUGAGGAUGGGGCAUUGCCUGAACUUAGGGAAUUGAAAGUGUCUAGAUGUCCUAAUCUAAAGUCUGUUCCAAAGGAGAUUAGAUCUCUCACAACUUUUUGCUAG